UGGAGACAAUACUUGGGGAAAAAGCAAACCAGUAAUGAAGACACUCACAGAGGUUCACUCCCUUAGGUAUUUGCAUUGUUGAAACCUUUUAAUCUUCACCAUUCUCUUUCCACUCUCAACCAGAACCAGAAUCAAAACCAAACCAUGAUGUCCAUUUUCAACAAAGGUGAAGGAGUUGAGGUAAUCAAGCAAAACGAAAAUGACGAAUACAGCUACUUUCCGGCCACCGUGCUCCGGCCACCGUCGAAAAACAACAACAUGGUGUUCGUGGAGUACCAGGCUCCCACAAAGUCACGCAAUAGAGAGUAUGUGAAUGUUGCUAGCGUGAGACCCAAGCUUCCAUACGAGCUCAAUCCAUGGUUCAAGGUCGGUGACUCCGUCGACGCUUUCCGGCCGAAUGUCACUGCAUUUUCUUGGUGCCCUGCCACCGUCUCCGACAUCCUCGAAAACUCCACCUACCGUGUCGACUUCCGUGGUCAUUCCGCCGCCGUCGACCACUGUAGUCUCCGCCUUCACCGGGAUUGGGUAAAUGGGAACUGGGUCCCACCUCUCCCUCAACCUCAACCGCAGGAGCAGCCACCAGAAACGGUGACAAGGUCUGAAAAAAUAAGGAUCAAGAUCAAAUGCAGCAGAAGCCCACAAAAAGAAUCAGAGUUUUUUAAAGGGAAAAUAGUGGAAGUCAGCAGCGAUGAUGAAGGUUAUAAGGGUGCUUGGUUCGUUGCUACUAUUGUUGACAUAAUAGCAAAAGACAAGUUUCUAGUAGAAUAUAGGGACCUGGCAACCGAAGAUGGCACCCAGCUCUUGAAUGAAGUAAUCCAUGAGAGGUUUAUUAGGCCCUGCCCCCCUGAAGUUCCACUUGCUGGUUCUUUUAAACAGUUCCAAGAGGUUGAUGCAUGGUACAAUGAUGGGUGGUGGGAAGGAGUGGUGUGUGAAGUACGUAAUGGCAGAGAGUGCCUUGUUUCUUUUAUGAACAAUGAUGUAAUGGAAUUUGAAAAUUCUAAACUAAGGCCUCAUCAGGACUGGUUGGAUGGAAAAUGGGUCAUGUCUUCCAAGGAGUCAAGUGAGUUGGUGAAGAAGUUUGGAGAUGUGAGGCCUGAGGCCAAUAAUCUCACUGGAAAUAAAUUAAUUGUGAAACUUAAAAAGUCAAGUGACCCGGCAAAGAGGCCCAGGGAUGUAAUGGAAAGAACCCCGAUCACCAGAAGCAAACAUAUGUUACAAUUUUGCAGAGGUGCAAAGGUAGAAGUUAGAAGCGAUGAAGAAGGAUACCAAGGUUCCUGGUAUACUGCCAUUAUUGUUGACCCUUUGCAGAGCAGCAAGUACUUGGUGGAAUAUUCAACCCUUAAAACAGAUGACUUGACUGAACAACUGAAAGAAGUAGCAGAAGCUUUUAAUAUCAGGCCAUGUCCACCAGAUACUAGUGGUGCUGAUUGCUUUUUGCUGCAUGAAUGGGUUGAUGCUUGGUAUAAUGAUGGAUGGUGGGUAGGUCAGGUAUCCCGUGUUCUUGGAGGCUUCAAGUAUAUGGUUUACUUCUGGACUUCAAAGGAGGAGCUGGAAUUCGAAUACAGUCUUCUAAGGCCUCAUCAGGACUGGAUUGAUGGAAAAUGGGUGCUUGCUUCUUUGGAUCCAAGACCUGUUCGUUAGUGAAUUGCUAGAAGUUCUUUUUGCUACUUUGCUACCUUCACUGAAAUGCUUUUUGCUGCCAGCCAUCCUAUCAUUUAGCACUUUCUGGUGCUAAUUGCAACUUCAACCUAGAGGUUCUUUUUGCUACUUUGCUACCUUCACUGAAAUGCUUUUUGCUGCCAGCCAUCCUAUCAUUUAGCACUUUCUGGAGUUGAAAUGUAAUCUGCAAAUAUGUGUAAUAUGCUGAUCUGUGUUUUGUCUACUCCUGGUGCUAAUUGCAACUUCAACCUUUUUCUUUUGUCUGUAGUUAUCCCACUGACAUUACUUUAUGUAUAUGUAAUGUUAAUAUAUCCCAAAAUCAGGAUUAUUAUGUCGAAGAACAUAUGAACUGAGUUUAUGUUUUGAUUACUUAUAACCUAUUGGGUUUACUUUUGUUGCUACUUAAACAAAGAGUGCAUCAGAAUGUGUUGUUUUCCUUCAUAAAUUCGAUAAGGCAGUUAUUGUUGU